GUGAAUGUUUCUUCAUCAGAGUCAGUGGAGGAGAUCAAACUCAUCAGAUUCUCCUGCAUCUUCAUCAUGGCUGAUUCACAAGCAUCCAGAGAUGGAGAUUCUCCACCAGGACGCAGUUCAGUCCAGCAGAAGAGCUCAAACCCAGAGUGUGUCUAUGAAGAGUGACCGCUCUAUGGAUGACCUGCCAGAGUUUAAGAGUGGAGACACACAGCCUGAUCUCAGUUCAGUCCAGCAGAAGAGCUCAAACCCAGAGUCCAGCUGUUUGUCUAUGAAGAGUAACAUGUCUAUGGAUGAGCCACUAACGUUUAAGAGUGGAGACAGACAGCCUGAUCUCAGUUCAGUCCAGCAGAAGAUCUCAAAACCAGAGUCCAGCUGUGGGUCUAUGAAUAGUGACCACUCUAUGGAUCCGCCACCAAAGUUUAAGAGUGGAAACACACGGCCUGAUCUCAGGUUAAAUCUUCAAUCCAGACCAGUUAAAAACACAACUGUGUUUAAGCCUGUGAUUCAACCACAAGACUUUAAUGAAAGCAUGUGUCCUGGUUUCAGCUUCGACUCUAAACUUGAAGUCCUCACCACGUUGAGAUCAAAUCUGAGACAGAAGUGUGAGUGUGUGUGUGAGGGAAUAUCAAAGCAGGGAAACCCAACACCCCUGAAUGAGAUCUACACAGAGCUCUACAUCACAGAGAGUGGAAGUGGAGAGAUCAAUAAUGAGCAUGAGGUGAGACAGAUUGAGACACAGUCCAGGAGAGCAGAAACAGAGGACACACCGAUCAAAUGCAGUGACAUCUUUAGACCUUUCCCUGGACAAGACAAACCCAUCAGAACUGUGCUGACAAAGGGAGUCGCUGGCAUUGGAAAAACAGUCUCUGUGCAGAAGUUCAUCCUGGACUGGGCUGAAGGGAAAGAGAAUCAGGACGUCCAGCUCAUAUUUCCACUCGCUUUCAGAGAGCUCAACUUGAUGAAGGACAAAACACUCUGUCUUUCAGAUCUUCUUCAUCUCUUUUUCCCAAAAACCAAAGAAAUGGCCAUAUCCAGUGAUGAGUAUAAAGUGCUGUUCAUCUUUGAUGGUCUGGAUGAGUGUCGUCUGUGUCUGGAUUUUCAGAGCGAUGUGAGGUUGUGUGAUGUGUCUGAAUCAGCCUCAGUGGACGAGCUGCUGACGAACCUCAUUGUGGGGAAUCUGCUUCCCUCGUCUCUCAUCUGGAUCACCUCCAGACCAGCAGCAGCGGAUCUCGUCCCCUCUGAGUGUGUCCAUCGAGUGACAGAGGUACGAGGCUUCAGUGACACACAGAAGCAGGAAUACUUCAGGAAGAGAAUCAGUGAUCAGAGUCUGGCCCACAGGAUCAUCUCACACCUGAAGUCCUCAAGGAGCCUCUUUAUUAUGUGCCACAUCCCAGUGUUCUGCUGGAUCUCAGCCACUGUUCUAGAGGAGAUGUGCAGUGGAGCAGAGAGAGGAGAGAUUCCCAAGACUCUCACUCAAAUGUACACACACUUCCUGCUCAUUCAGACCAACAUCAAACAUGAGAAGGACUAUGAGAAGAAAGUGAAAGAUGAAGACAUGAUUGUCAAACUGGGGAAACUGGCGUAUCGGCAGCUUGUGAAAGGCCACCUGAUCUUCUAUGAGGAAGACCUGAGCGAGUGUGGCAUUGAUGUGGCAGAAGCAUCAGUUUACUCAGGAUUGUGCACUCAGAUCUUCAGAGAGGAGUUGGGCUUGUGUCAGGGGAAAGUCUUCUGCUUUGUUCAUCUGAGUAUUCAGGAACAUCUAGCAGCUCUAUAUGUGCAUCUCUCCUUUAUAAACCAUAACAUCCAUGUGUUUGACCAGAUUACCAAACCAACUAAUGGAGGCAAAGUGUCUCUAUCUGAUCUCCAUCAGAGAGCUGUGGAUGAGGCUUUACACAGUAAAAAUGGGCAUCUGGACCUUUUCCUUCGUUUCCUUCUGGGUCUGUCAGUGAAGUCUAAUCAGAGUCUCUUACAAGAACUAAAGACACAGACAGCAAACAGCUCUCACAACAAUGAGGAAACAGUUGACUAUAUUAAAGAGAAGAUCAGUGAGAAUCCCUCUCCAGAUAAAUACAUCAAUCUGUUUCACUGUCUGAAUGAACUGAGUGAUCUUUCACUGGUGAACGAAGCUCAACCUCGCAUGAGCCGUGGAGGAUUACGUGAUGUGAAACUCUCCUCAUCUCAGUGGUCAGCUUUAGUGUUUGUGUUGUUGUCCUCAGAGCAGGCAAUUUUUCAUUUUAACCUAAACAGCUUAUUUGGAGCCAAUAAUGAUAAAGACUCGUCUGUCACCCUGAAAGCUCAAAACACAGCAGAUGAAGUUCUUCAGAAGCUGAUGCCUGUAGUUACAGCAACUAGAUCAGCUGUGUUGAGUAAGUGUGGUGUCACAGAUAAAGGUUGUGCUGCUCUGGGUUCAGCUCUGAGAUCAAACCCCUCACACCUGAGAACACUGAAUCUGAAUCUGAAUAAUAUAGGAGACUCAGGAGUGAAGCAACUCUCUAUUGUAUUGGAGAAUCCUCACUGUAAACUGAAGGAACUGUGGUUGAGUGAUUGUGGAGUCACAGCUGAAGGUUGUGUUGCUCUGGCUUCAGCUCUGAGAUCAAACCCCUCACACCUGAGAUAUCUGAAUUUGUCAUAUAAUAAACUAGGAGACUCAGGAGUAAAACUGCUCUCUGCUGUACUGGAGGACUCUCACUGUAAACUGGAGAAACUGUGGUUGAGUAAGUGCGGAGUCACAGAUGAAGGUUGUGCUGCUCUGGCUUCAGCUCUGAGAUCAAACCCCUCACACCUGAGAGAACUGAAUCUGAAUUGGAAUAAUCUAGGAGACUCAGGAGUGAAGCUGCUCUCUGGUCUGAAGGAUAAUCCUCAUUAUAAACUGCAGAUAUUAUGGACUAGUAUGAGAUGACAGUCUGAUCUUCUCAGGAUCACCUCUACAGAGACUCACAGUUAACAGAAUCAACCGAGACUGAAGAUACAGUGACUUCACUGUUUUAAAUUAAGACUUCAUUUAGAUUUCAGCAACCCUCUGACAAACCUGAUGAGGCGGCAGUAAAACGCCUUUUAUUUCUGAGCAGCGAAUUACAGUUUCUCAUUUAUAGGUUAAUCAUUUUAUUUGUAUAAACAUACAGUAUAAAUUCAAAAAGGUUGGAGUUUUGUUAGAGAAAAUAUAGAGCCUGGAUGUGUGUUUGUGUUGUACCAGCAGAGGGAGACAAAGACU